AUGGACUUCUCAAAUACUUCAAACCUUAACAACACUGUGAAAACACAGACUCUUUUCUGCUACGAGUCUUUGAGUGGAUCGUGUGUGAGGUUUGCUCGACCCCUGAGCGUUCAGGUUCCUAUGUUCACAUCGAUGGUGUUGGCAAUACUGGUGACUGUUAUUGGGAACCUUCUGGUCAUCACCUCUAUUGCACACUUCAAGCAGCUCCAAACCUCCAUAAACCAACUCCUCCUCUCCCUGGCUGUGUGUGACCUCCUUCUGGGAGUGUUUAUAAUGCCUUGCAGUGCUGUGCGCUCUGUCCAGGGCUGUUGGUACCUAGGAGGGUUUCUGUGUAAGCUCCACACCAGCACUGACAUUAUGCUGAGCACAUCCUCCAUCUUCCAUCUAUCCUUCAUCUCCAUUGACCGUUACUUUGCUGUCUGCAGGCCACUGUCGUACAGACUGAUCAUCAGCAAUAACACUGUAUUGAUCAUGAUCGCCACCAGUUGGCUGGUCCCUGCCAUUUUUGCUUAUGGAAUGAUCUUCUCUGAGAUGAAUCUAAAAGGCAGGGAGGAUUUCUAUGAAACACAUGUCAAGUGUAUUGGAGGCUGUUAUGUGUUCUUUAGUCCAGUGGCGGCUGUAGUAGCAUCGUCCUUCUGUUUUUACAUCCCAGGCCUGAUCUUGAUUUGUAUAUACUCCAAGAUAUAUUGGGUUGCCAGGACUCAGGCCAGGUCCAUUAAAGAUUUAUCUCGUCAGUUUAAAGAGGCAGACUCUGGACGUAGAGAGAGACGAGGGGCAAAUAUUCUGGCAAUAGUAGUGGGAGUGUUUCUAAUCUGCUGGAGUCCCUUUUCCUUGUGCCUCAUCAUUGACCCUUUCGUACUGUACUCCAUCCCACCGCUGUUGGGAGAUACCCUGGUUUGGUUUGGAUAUUUGAACUCUGCUUUUAACCCUGUUGUCUAUGCUUUCUUUUACACUUGGUUCAGGAGGGCUUUGAGAAUCAUCAUCAGUGGUCACGUCUUUCACAGUGGUUCGUGUAGAUUUAGAUUGUAUUCUGAGUAAAGUUUCAGUUUACACUGUAUGAUGUGUGUUCAAAUAAAUAUAUGAAUUAUGAUGGGAUGUAACAUAUGACAGUUAUGCAACUAAAAGUUAUAAAGCUUGAGUGAAAAUGUAACAAAAGCUGCUUUUAACCUGUUUCAAAUAAAGCUGUUUGCCUGAAAUAAAUUUGUUUCAGUGCUUGUGAUACUUGUGCCUGUCACCUUGUUAAAUAGUGUUCUUUGUCUCCUCCUAGUGCCUAUUGCUGGAACAGUAAUUCUGUGUUUAGAGCUCAUGACAUCACUAUUUUACGACACUAUCAUACUGUUGUACAUUGCUUGAAUACACACAUAUAAUAUAAACAGAUGUAAAUCAUUUAACCUAUUAUAACUGGCUGGUAGCCGGGAAAGGGGUGUACCCAAAAUAUGACCAAUACAGUAUAUAAAUACUGUCAUUCUUCUAAAAAGACUGUGCUUGAUUCAGCACCACUUACACACCUGCACCUGUGACUACAGUAGCAAGUGAUCAGCUCUAAUGCACCUGUGACUACAGUAGCAAGUGAUCAGCUCUAACUUGAAUGUGUUUUUGUUUUGUUUUUGCCAAUGGAUAUCCGAUCUCAUCAACAUCUUGAUCCAAAUCUGUUUUGUUACCCAGAAUCAAAUGCCUCCUGCACCAGAGAAAUCUUAAGUGAAGGAGCUCAAAUUACUUCCUACUUUUUGUUUGUUUCAGUUAUGCUGGUCACUAUUCUAGGGAAUGGUGUGGUUAUAAUCUCCAUUGCUCACAUAAAACUGCUCCACACGCCAACUAACAUGCUUAAAAUGUCUUUGGCAGUUGCUGACCUGCUACUUGGAGUGACUGUGAUGCCUUUUAGUACAGUGAGGGCUGCGGAGGGCUGCUGGUACUUUGGAGAUGCUUUUUGUUUCCUGCAUUCUGAUAUGUUCCUCACAUCUGUUUCAAUCUUUCACCUGGUAUUCAUAGCCAUAGAUCGAUAUGAGGCGGUGUGCAAUCCACUUCGCUAUUCCACCAAGAUUACUAUACCAAUUGCAUGGCUCAUGAUUUUUACCAGUUGGGCAGUUGCUGCAUUGUACUCCUAUGGCCUACUAUAUUCAAAAGGAAAUGUGA